AUGGGACCUUCCAUGACUCAAGAACAGUUCUAUCUUAAAUUAUUUGGAAACCCCUGUGACUGUAAAGGGGGAAUAAUGGAUUUUGAACCCAGCUUGGGAGGAACCAAGCAGUUAACAUCUCAAGGAACCCAGCAUCUAGCUGGACCCCAAUUUUAUGCUGGUCGGACUGUCGAUUGUCAGGAUAAGAGAGCUUAUCUCACUGCAGACAUCUCUGCAGGUGGAUUUUCCUCAGGGGUAGGAUGGAAACCCCAAAGUUGGAAGUGCGUAAAGAAGCCCAAGGUCAUAUUGCCCGUUAAUGGUAAAGAGAUUUGCUGGCCGCUAGUGGCACUUGUUCACAUUUCUGAUGGCGGUGGGCCUACAGACCAAAUAAGAGAAGUCCAAACUAAGAAAAGAAUUGAAAUGCUUAUAAGAGAACUGGACCCUCCUAUAGAGUAUCAUCCCUUAGCCCUGCCCAAACCACAUGGCAUAGAUCUUGACACCCAAACUGCUGAUAUUCUAGAGGCCACUCAUAAUGCACUGAACAUCACCAAUCCCAGUCUCGCUGAAAACUGCUGGCUAUGCAUGACCCUUGGUACACCUAUGCCCCUUGCAAUUCCUGCUAAUGCUACCACCAACCUGACAGAUCAAAAUUGCACUCUCAAUUCACCCUUUAAAGUGCAACCUGUAGGAUUUAACAUAUCCCUGUGCGUACAAAAGCAGCCGCAGAAUAACAGUGAUGAUAUAGAUGUAGGGAUUGCUUCAUUCACAGAUUGUUCCCAAGUUUUUAAUUAUACCUCAUCCGUUUGCCCUCCUAAUAGACAGGUUUUUCUCUGUGGAGGAAACCUGGCCUACACUGCCUUACCCACAAACUGGACAGGGUUAUGUGUGCAAGCCAGCAUUCUCCCAGAUAUUGAUAUCAUCCCAGGAGAAGAACCUGUCCCUACACCCAGCUUUGAGUUUAUAGCAGGACAUUCACGCUCUAAAAGAGCCAUCCAGUUCAUUCCACUUCUAAUUGGCCUAGGAAUUACCUCCGCAGUAGCUACAGGGACAGCAGGGGCAGGAAUAGCCAUACAUUCCUAUCAUAAGUUAUCCAAUCAAUUAAUUAAUGAUGUUGAUGCCCUCUCUAAAACAGUUACUGACCUCCAAGACCAAAUAGACUCUCUAGCAGAAGUAGUUUUACAAAACCGCAGAGGCCUCGACCUCCUCACAGCAGAGCAGGGAGGCAUCUGUUUGGCUUUACAGGAAAAAUGCUGCUUCUACGCUAACAAAUCUGGCAUCGUUUGGGACAAGAUAAAGACCCUCCAAGACGACCUUGAGAAAAGGAGAAAAGAGUUGCGUGACAAUCCCCUUUUGACUGGAUUAAAUGGACUUCUCCCUUACCUUCUCCCCAUUCUAGGUCCAUUCCUAGGAUUGCUAUUAUUACUAUCUUUUGGCCCCUGGGCUUUUAAAAGACUUACAAUGUUGAUCAAACAUUAAAUCGACUCCCUUAUAGCAAGACCUAUCCAAGUCCAUUAUCAUCGCCUUGACUUGGCUGACCAAGGUGGGGAUCCUUACCCAGGGCCUCAUACCCGAAGAGACCCAACAGUAACCAGAGAGUAAAACUGAGACAAGCCAUGUCAA